AUGGGUAUCCGAUUGCGUUCAAUUGUUAGUCAAUCCAAGCAGAUUCUAAAGUUACAAUCUCUUCUUACUCGGAACCAAGUAGAUGUUCCCAAAGGGCACUGUGCUGUCUACGUGGGAGAUAUUGAAAGGAAGAGGUUCGUUGUUCAUGUAUCUUACUUGAACCAUCCUUCAUUCAAGAUUUACUACAUCGUGCUGAGGAAGAGUUUGGAUUUGAUCAGCCAAUGGGGGGGCAUCACAAUUCCAUGCAAGGAAGCUGCAUUCUUAAAUCUCACUUUUCAGCUGAAUGCUUCGUGA